AUGGCGCCAAAUUACAGACGCUACGAAGCAGGGUCGCUAUCCACGCCUGUUCCGAGAUUGUCAGUCGCGCUCUUCUCAGCGUUAUCACUGUCACUGGUGCUCCUUCUCGACCAAUCCGCUCCUGCCACGUGUCAGCAAUGUAGAGUCGAUCAAGGAAGCUGGGUGUACGACAGGAUGUACGAGCCUGCUUAUAACGGGUACACGUGCAAGAGCAUCCGAUCGUAUUACAACUGCCAGCGCAACGGGCGAAAGGACACUGGGUACCUGAAAUACGUGUGGAGGAGCCCUGGCUGCGAUAUAAGAAGGGGCAAAUUCGGCCGCACGGGGAUUCGAACCCGCGGCUUCAUCAUCCCGCAGUUCAACAUCUCCUUCCUCCGCAUGCCCUCCAACUUCCUAGUCCGAUCCGGCCCCGUGGGCGCCGCGUCCAGUGCAGGCGCAUGGAGGGUGCAUUUGGACCGGCCUGAUUCGACCUGGUUAAAGCUGCUACCCCACACCCACGUUAUCUUCAGUGCCGGUCACUGGUUUAUCAAUGCACCUUCAAACCUCCGCCUGUACUACCGCAAAAACAAGCUACUUCCCCCGUUUCCACGCCCCUACGCUCCCCUCUACGACGCACACUUAACCAUUCGGAAAAUCUUAGUUAACAGCCGGUAUUCAGGACUUCCCAUGGUGAUGACCUUCUCAGCUUAUCACUAUAACAAUGCGUUCUCUAGCGAGGAUGCAGCCAAGAGCUGCAUGGACAUGCGGGGGCAGGUGAUGAACACCACGAGGAUGCUAUGGGCAGAGAAGAAUACGGAGACGCUGCAAGCAAGAGACGCACAAGUGAAGGUGUGUUUGGUAUCAGUGAGAAACCCUUUCUCUCUUUCCAUCAGCAUGAGUGGGAGGUGA